UCUGGUGGGAGGCUGCUCUGCAGAGGUCCCCUUCACCCCCUCUGGCAAGGACAGAGUCCAGCGUCUUCAGCUGCCCCCCAACCCACGACCAUUGGCUAUGCGGGUGCCCCUGCAAAAGCCCCGGGGUUAGGGGCUACGAUUCAAGCCAACCUUCCUUGAACUCUGAGACUGGCUGGGAGGCUGCUCCUGCUUUCAGCCCAGAGCCAGGCUGCAGGGGGCCCUGGUGGAACACUGGUUCCCAGUCCCAGCCCCUCAUCCAGCCCCUCUCUGAGGAGGAGGCAGGCAGCGGGGCUCUGCAGCCAGAGCUCUUCAGCUCCGAGCUCUGGAGCCAGAUGUAACAUUGACCUUAAAUGGUAAAAGCUCCCCAGAGUGAAGAGAGGCUGGCCGGGGAGGAAAGGGGAAUAACUCAGUUUUAGCCUGCGGAGCCCAAGCCUCUCGGAGCAUCUUUGGGGUUGGCACAGCAGAGGUUCCAGGCACACACAGCCACUCCAACCAGGCGGCUGCCAUGCCCCACAUUCCUGAGGAGGAGGAGCCCCCCGGAGAGCCACAGGCAGCCCAGACCCAAGACUCUCCCUCUGCAGGACUGUUUCACAGCCCUCCCACAAUCAUCCUGACGGGGGAUGCCAGUUCACCUGAAGGAGAGACUGACAAAAACCUGGUCAACAGGGCUCCCAGCCCCCACCGCAGGCUUUCCCACCGACACCUGAAGGUCUCCACUGCUUCGCUGACUUCUGUGGACCCCUCCGGGCACGUCAUUGACCUGGUAAAUGACCAGCUGCCAGACAUCAGCAUCUCAGAAGAGGACAAGAAGAAAAACCUGGCGCUUCUGGAAGAAGCCAAGUUGGUGAGUGAGCGGUUCCUGACCCGCCGCGGGAGGAAAUCAAGGAGCAGCCUCGGACACUCCCCAUCAGCUGUUUCUCCAAACCUCAGCCCUGGAGCUUCUCCUGCAUCUUCCAGAAGCAGCUCCCUCACCAUCUCCACACCACCAGGUUUGGACAUAUGCAGUGGCCCACAGUCCCCUCUGCCGGGAGCAUUACCACAGCAAAAGGGCCAUGAGGAUGGUGUCUCCUCGCCUUGCCCCGGAGAGCCUAAUGUCUCCAAAGGGCUAGCUGACCGGAAGCAGAAUGACCAGAGGAAAGUGUCUCAAGGCAGACUGGCUCCUCGCUCUCCCACAGUGGAGAAAUCCAAAGAACUUACAGUAGAACAAAAGGAAAACUUUGAUCCCCUUCAGCACGUGGAGGCCACGCCCAUGGCUCAGGCUUCUGGAGCAGGCAUCAGUGGGAAAAUGGCACUGAACAGUCCCCAGGCUGGUCCUGCUGAGAUGGAGCUGGGGAGGCAGCUCCUGAAGACAGCCAGGGACAGCAACCCUCUGCCCAGAACCACAGUCCAGGGCUCAGGAGGAACUGUUUCCCCACAUUCCCAGGGACAGGGCUCUGCUGCAGAGCCUAUGGGGCCCAAGGCUGGCUCCAAGGCUGAGCUGAGGCCCCCUGUGUCCCGGCCCCCUCUGAUUCGGGGGGUCUCCUGGGACAGUAGCCCCGAAGAACCCGGUCCCCUGCUGCAAAAGGUGCUCGCUAAGCUGCCUCUGGCAGAAGAAGAGAAGCGAUUUCCAGGCAAAGCCAAGCCAGCCAAGCCACCUGGGCUCAAAGACUUCCAGAUACAAGUGCAGCCAGUGCGCAUGCAGAAGCUGACCAAGCUCCGAGAGGAACACAUCCUGAUGAGAAACCAGAACCUGGCGGGGUUCAAGCUCCCCGAGCUGAGUGAAGCCGCAGAGCAGGACAAAGGGGUCUCAUCUGAACUUGCCCCAGCAGCUGAGGAAGAAGAGUCAAAGAGUGGUCUGGAUGUGAUGCCCAACAUUUCUGACAUAUUGCUGCGCAAACUUAGGGUUCACAAGUCACUCACUGGAAGCGCCCCUCCCCUCACUGAAAAGGAAGUCGAGAACGUGUUUGUACAACUGUCCUUGGCCUUUAGAAAUGACAGCUACACCUUGGAGUCUAGAAUUAACCAGGCUGAAAGGGAACGCAACCUGACGGAAGAGAACACCGAGAAGGAACUGGAAAACUUCAAAGCCUCCAUUACGUCCUCAGCAAACAUCUGGUACCACUGCGAACACCGGGAGACCUAUCAGAAACUUCUGGAAGACAUCGCCGUCUUGCAUCGCCUAGCUGCCCGCCUCUCCAGCCGGGCUGAAGUGGUGGGUGCUGUGCGCCAGGAAAAACGCAUGUCAAAGGCCACGGAAGUGAUGAUGCAGUAUGUGGAGAAUCUGAAGAGAACAUAUGAGAAGGACCAUGCUGAGCUCAUGGAAUUUAAGAAACUCGCCAAUCAGAAUUCCAGUCGCAGCUGUGGGCCCUCUGAAGACGGGGUUCCUCGCACGGCACGAUCUAUGUCCCUCACGAUGGGAAAGAACAUGCCCCGCCGGAGGGUCAGCGUUGCUGUGGUUCCCAAGUUUAAUGCCCUCAACCUGCCCGGCCAAGCCCCGAGCUCUUCCCCCAUGCCCUCCCUCCCAGCUCUGUCCGAAUCGUCCAACGGGAAAAGCAGCAUCUCCGUCUCCCCAGCGCUGCCUGCACUUUUGGAAAAUGGAAAGACAAAUGCAGAGGCUAACUGUGAAGUGUGUGUCCCUGUGCCACUCCCAAGCUGCCUGGAGGAGACAAGCCAGGAGGCCAAGGCCAGGGCAGAGGAAGAAGCCUACAACAAAGGAUACCAGGAAGGGGUAAAGAAGACUGAAGAACUUCAAGACCUGAAGGAGGAGGAGGAAGAAGAACAGAAAACAGAGAGUCCUGAGGAACCAGAAGAGGUAGAAGAAACCCAGGAGGAUGAGAAGGUCCAGAGAAGCAGGUUAGAAGCCUACAGUUGGAUCCCAAAUGGGUUCAAACUUGAAGAACUGGUCCACUUCCUACAAGUCAUGUACCCUAAAUUGUGUCAACACUGGCAAGUGAUCUGGAUGAUGGCCGCAGUGAUGCUGGUCUUGAGUGUCGUGCUUGGGCUCUAUAGUUCCUAUAACUCCUGCACAGAGCAGGCCGAUGGGCCCCCUGGGACACCCACCUGCUCUGCAGCCCAGCGGGACUCCUGGUGGAGCUCAGGACUUCAACAAGAGCUGCCAGCAGAGCAGUAGGACAUCAGACUCCUUGGCCAUGGCCUGCUCUACUGAAUUCAGCCCCAACACCCUGCCCCUAAGUACAGUGUGUCAGGCCCGGUUUGCACAUGUGGUCACCCAUCCUAUUAGGGAACAAGGUGGCUCUCUCCUGUCAUUCAUGGAAGCUACUCACAAUAACCUGAUGCUUUGGAGGGAUCAACAAAAGAGCAAAUCAUGUUCUGGGAAAGUGUCUGGUUGACAAAGAAGCAACCUUCAUUAAGGACUCUAGCCCAAGUGAAGAGUCCUGCCCCUGGCUCGGAUGGAUUGGGAGAACCGAAGCCCCUUCAUUCAGGGAAAGUGAGAAGCCUGCUUUCCCCCUUUUCUUCCCUAUGUUUCACGGUCAGUAAGAAUUGUACUUAGCGGCCAGUACUGACCAUACGGCUCAGACUUGGAGUCACAACAUAGAUAUUGUCCUACUUCCCACCUUGUGUAUCACAAUCAUUCUUUUGCCUUCUUUCUCCCUUUCAGAAUUACCAUUUCUUUUCAGAGAGUGGGAAAGCUUUCUCAUAAAAAUACACAGGCUAAAAGUAGCCCCAUGCUAGAAAGGAAACAGGAAGAUGUGAAUUAAUAUAUAAUGAAUCUGUAUGCAUAUGGACUAUAAACACGUUUGUGCACAAAGACACCCACUCUCUGGAAGUACGCUCUGCUCAGUGGCACCUAUGUCAUGUCAACCAAUUGAUUUUCACUAGGUUUGGAGCAGUAGUCACCAGGCAUCAACACAGUGAGCCCUCCACACACGCCGAGGAUGUUUGAAUCCCCUGAGAAAUCAUGUCUUUGUUUCACUUCAGAGGCCAGGUUGGAGCCGCUGUUUGGCACAGUCUGAUCCCUGGUUGCUUGCUCCAUUUGAAAGUGAUCCUACACAGUUAACCCACCUCUUGGGUAAAAAAAGGUGUGCCUUCCACUUCAGACUCUCACUCUGCCUUGCACCUCAGGCCUACAGUGUUCACGGUAUUUCCAACUCCAGUGUGUCCUUCCAAGGUCCUGUUCAGCAUCAAACCGAAGGCAGUGUGCCCUCCUCCAGCAUGGCGGCUCUCCAUGCUGCCCCGCGGUUUCCUUCGUUCAGCUCUCUCAGACAGAGAUGGGGCUUCUCUUGUGGUUACUUUUCUGUUUUGUUGUUUUUGUUGCUAUCACUCAUGUAGAACGUAUUGUGAUCCAAAAACCAUGUUAUAUAGGCAAGAAUUCAUUAUUCCUCAAGAAAAGCAACAUCUGAAAUAGAGAUCACUGUCUCCGAGUUCAAGUAAGGGAGCAGAAGCAUAAAUGAUACAAGGGUACACACACACACACACACACACACACACACACACACACGAGUACACGCAUAUGCAUAUGCAUGCAUACAAUGAUUCAACUAAUAGUCAAGCAUAUAUAGCUAGUAAGUAAGUCAUUCACACUAUAGUUGUCUGGCUCCAGGCACUGUACUCCUGACCUUCACCUAUGGGUGCCUUCUCCAGCUGGGUGCCUUCUGGUCUGAUCCCGCUCCCCCAGCUGGCCCGAAGCCAGCCAUGGUUCCCAAAGGGCAUUGCGUCUCCCAUUGUCCUCUAACUCAGAAGCGUCCUUGCUGCCUUGUUCUCUUUCUCGCUGCUCUUGAGGACCAAGUGUAAGCACUACCCCUUGAUAUGUGCCUCUGUGACCUCCUUCUGCACUCUCACAGACCCUGCGUAAUGGGCGGCAUCCCACUUAGUGCGUCUGGCACGUGUUAAAUUUUAAUCAUUGAACUGUACCUACUGUCUAACUUAUUUAUAUAUGUCUCCCUGGACGUUUUCCCUCAAAAGCUGUGUCUUAUCAUUUCUUGUCUAGAUACCUAAUGUGGCAAACCCAUGGGAGAGAGUCAUUUAAUGUUGGUUAAAAGAACAAGUAAACGGUCAAGGUGGAGGAAGAGCAGCCUAGAACACAUGACUUUUUGAGGUGACUCAGUACUAUCACCUUCAUGACAAUUUCUGUUCCCAUGAGAAAGCUGUCAUGAGUGAUUCAUGAUCUCAUCUUGUUUUUAUCUUUCUUGGAGAGAGCAAGAAUGAAAUCAGACUAUAGCAACACCAUUUUCAAGUUCAAAAGCCUGACUCUAUGCAACCAGUCCCUUCAGAGAGACAUGGCCCCCUCCCCCAACUAGGCUUCAUUUGAAAAUACUGUUUUUGGAGAAACGUCUUUACAGUGGCUAGAAAAUGGCAGAAAGAGAGAGAGAAGCCCAAGAAUGUGCCAUUAAAGGUAAUGAGGUUCAGAGCCAGGCCGAGGGAUUUUGCAGGCAGGGGUAGGUAGUGCUUCCCUGGAGGCUUCCAUGGGAUUAGAUUCAGCAGAAGGAGAUUUAACUACAUCUCCGAGACAAAGUCAGGGUUUACAGGGAAUGAAGAGAAAGCAGCUGUUAGGCAGGACUCUGAGGGGGAGCUGUCCAGUCUCAGCCCAUUCCCCACAGCAAAAGAAGAUCCAGCCUGAGUGAGCCCACUGUCCACUUGGCUGCAAAUUUCCCAGCCCUGUUCUGGGUGAGACAGACGUGAGGAGAACAUGAGUGAACUGUUUCAGCAUCACCACUGGCCUCCGAAGCCUCCAGGCGUCCUCAGGCACAGACCAGCAACCACGCUGCUCAGCUGCAAGGACAAUUGAGGAAAAGGACCUCUCCAAAGAGCAUAGCCAUAUUUGGAAUGGUAUGGCUGAAAACACACUUGUUGGUCUACCCUUUCAGGAAAGCAAGGAACAACUUGGAGCAGUCACAACUGCUGCCACACAUGGCCAGUGACAUGGAAGCCAGCCUUGUGUUUCCAGACAUAACUGUGAAAUGGAAUAGAAGUUCCCACUCGAGAUGUCCCUGAAACCGACAUUUCUGCUUUAGCUUGAGAGUCUGGCUGCCAGCCUUCUAUUGCCAAGGGUGUGUUUGCAUCACCGCUGACACCACUUCCUAAACGGACCUUCACGUUCUAGCCGUGACGUCAUAUGGGCUUUUCUUUCCAGGGUUCCAAACCCUGGAAGAGGGUAUGGCAAGGGAGACACUGGACAUACAUGUCACCACCGGCUGUCAGUCCCCAAUGCUGUUAGGCCUCACACAGGUAGGUGUGGCAGUGUUGAACUCUAGAGUGUCACACAGCUAAGUUUGAAAAUAAAUGCACAUUUCCAAACCGUU